CAAAGUAUCGGUAGUAGUACGUAGAAUUUGCUUUAUGUUCAAUUUAGGAGAACAGCGAAUAAAUAUGGCAUCAAAUUAUCCACUUGGAUAUGAUGACGAAAGAUUCGAGUCGAUAGUGGACCAAAAUUUCCACUGUUUGAUUUGCUAUAACGUAUUGAAAGAUCCCGUGAUGUGCCGCAGAAACCAGCACUAUUUCUGCAACGGCUGCAUCACGGAACAUCUUCGUACGAAUUUCCAUACAUGCCCAACAUGCGCUGACGAGCUGAGUGUCGAAACGUUGGCUGAAGUUCCAAGAAUUGUGAAGAAUUACCUGGAUGAACGAAAGAUUCGUUGCGAUCAUUACGACAGAGGAUGUCGAGAACUCGUACAGCUGCAGAAUUUAAAGCGACAUGUCGCCGAAUGCGGGUUUACUCCAGUCGUUUGUGGAAAUCAAGGUUGUGGUGAGACAAUCAGUAAAAGAGAUCGUACAUAUCACGAGAGUGAACUGUGUCAAUUUAGAAAGUUGAAGUGUCACAACUGUGGAGAAAUCAGUACGAUAAUAGCGGGAAUAAAAACGGAAAUCGCAAACCAGAACACUAAAAUCAACACGGAAAUGGCACACUCGAACACGAAACUGAAAAACACGGACACGAAAAUAGCAAACGUCGACACGAAACUGGAAAACAUGAACACGAAACAGGAAAAUAUGAACACGAAACUGGAAAACAUGAACACGAAACAGGAAACCAUGAACACGAAAAUAGAGAACUUGCAAGCGAACGUGGAAGCGAAGUUCGAAGCGGUGAAUAAUGAAGUGAGAGGAAUGAAAAUGAGUUUAAAUGAAGUAAAAGAUGGUUUUGAUCACUUGAAAGAAGUAGUACUUGAGAAGAUAGAGAGCAAAGAAAGAAAGCAGGAGGAAAUCACAAGAGAUGUAAGUGGCACAGCGAGUGGCGGGAGAGAAAAUCAACAUAUAUUUGUUGCUGGUGGUUACUGGAAAAUCACUGUAGAAAUAUUUAAUUACCGUCAGAGAUUGUGGUCUUUAUUAGAGCCCAUGCCAGAGAAUCGUAGCAAUGCAUCUUCAUUUGUUUAUAAUAAUCAUGUGACUGUAGUGGGAGGUAUGUGUGCUGGUGCUGCUGUAGAUAACAUGAUCCGAAAGAAGAUUCACCCAGUCCCUGAUCUCUUAAUUAACUGGAGCGACUUUGCUGCCAAACUCCCAGCCAAGAUGUUUGGACACAGCAGUGUGGUGUGCAAGGAUAUGUUGUUGGUUACUGGAGGUUAUAAUACAGAUCAACAUGUCUUCUCUGAUUGUAUUCACGAAAUUCAACUUAAACCACCUCACACUGUUAAACUGGUAUCCACGAUGCCUGAACCAAGAAUUCGUCACAGCGCAGUACUGUGUGAUGAUAGUAUUUUGAUCGUUGGGGGAAGGAAAUCAUGGUACUUCAAAGACAACCUCAGCAGUGUGUUAAGCUAUGACAUCAAGAAGAAUGAAUGUCAACAGUUACCUGCGCUUCCCUAUCCAGUGAGUGAAAUGGCGACAGUCAAGUGGGCUGAGAAUGUCGUGAUCAUUGGUGGGGCUGACAAGGAUGACAGAGCAUUAAACAAUGUUAUAAUUUAUAACAUCAAGACUGGAAACAGUCAUAUGUUGCCUCCCAUGUUACACAAGAGGAAAGGAUGUAUGGCAGUUGUUAUUGAGAAUACAAUUGUAGUACUAGGAGGAAGGGAUGAGAGAGGGAAUGAUUUGAAAUCAGUUGAAGGUUUCAAUUUUGAGCGAUUUUCAUGGCAGGAACUUCCUGACAUGAAGCAAGAAAGAUACCAGGCCACAGCUGUUGUGAUUUAGACUUUCUUGUGUGUAUUAUGUAGAAUAUUUGACAUAUAUCACAAAACUUUAUUCAGAUUUUAUAACAUAUCGAUUAAAGAACUACCUUACUUGUAAUAUAGACACCAUUGAAUAAAAUUUCAUGUCUAUAUAUUGUUUAAGAUUGUGUUUAUCUGAGUAAGCAAUCUCUGAUGAUUUCAGUAAAGAAACUUCAUCUUGCUAGUAGAGACUUCUCUACUAACUUUCUGACAAAAAGUCUUCGCUCGAAAUGUCGAAGUUUGCAAUGUGUAACUAGACUUAGAUUUAUUCAAUUGAUUGCCUUGCACAUCAAGAAAAUCAAAAUAAGACCUCCACAAGAGGGAAGAGCCUGGGAAUGAGUUUGACAUCAAGCUAUUGAGCAUACGCGGUGUUUUAGUUUAGAAAUCCUUUUCGAAAACUCGCAAAGUAAUUCUUUUUCUGCCACUAUAUGUAAGUAUAGUUUUUCUAAUAAAUAUUUUUUAGGAUGUCAAACACUUUCAUCGGACGUUGAAAGAGGCUUGUGACAAACACGAUAAAACCUAUUAUCAGAAAUUCAAAAAGUGGUGCGAUGAUUAUUUUUUUGUAAAAUUUCGAGGUACGUGGUGUUUUGUUACUUGUAUAAAUAAUGACUCGUUUUAUUAUUUGAAGGAAAUGGCCCAAUUUUUACCACCGAUUUUUACCACCCUUCCACCUUAAGACAAACUAACUAGAACAGUGUGAGUCUGGCAUUAGUUCUGAGAAUAAAUCGUGCCUGAUACUUUCCGUGAAACACGGCAAUUUGAUUGGUCAAUACAAUCCCACACGGUAAUUAGAAAAUUUAAAUGCCUUCGCGCGAGUGCGCAGCACGAGUGUUUUAUAUCUGAUAAAGAACGACUACCGAAAAAGUACCCAUCUUAUGAGUUCAUUGGCGAAGUAAUUUUAAAAUUAAACGUUGUCGGAGCUGAGAAAAUCAAAGCUAAGUCUAUGCAAAUUUACAUUAUUUUUUAUCACAUAUACAGGGUGUAUCAGAAAACCUGCAAAACUAUAAUUUGUAUAAUUCUGCUGCUUACUAGCAUUUCAAUGUCUGUGCUACUUAUUUUGCUCCUGGGAUUUGAAAAUACAUUCUAAUUAACCGCGUUGAUAGAAAUUAGAAUAACAUAAAGUUAUUUGUAAUGCAGAAAACUAAUUAUCAGUUCGACUGUGAAUGGGUCAACUAUUGUGUUCACGCAUGCUUGGGAUCAAUUAGCUCUGAAUCAUGCAAAUUCUAAAAACAUUGGACAGGGUGAUUAAAAAAAAAACUGACACCUUUGUUAUUCAAAUUAGCCGCGAAGGAAUCAGUUUUGUUUUACUCAUGCCCUGUAUUUCAAACGUUUGCAGGUUUUUUGAUACACCCUUUGAUACACUCGACUUUCGCACAACCUCGAAACAUCUUGUGUGAGUGGAUGACGCUAUAUUCUGCACGGAAAACCAUUUGGUAUUCAUUUAAUAUCCAGUCAACUCUCAUGCAACUCUUGUUCUCGUUUGACCGGGAUAUGAGCGUUGAGAAAACUUUCAUGCAAACUCUCGCUUGCCAACUCUAAUCCUUGUUUGACCAGGGCAGAAUAUUAACGUCAUAUCUGGGGCCCAUUGUAUAGUUACUGUAAAAAUUAAUUAAUCAUUACAAUUAGAAUCGUGCAUUUUGGCAGGGCCUUUUUUAUCUAUAUAAUUCCCCCCCCCAGCCCUGAUGGUGCCCAAAGGUUUGAUAUUCUAGUAAGUGAACCUUGCUUUGUGUCGUUUGUGAAUUUUAUGUCAUGUCUUUUAUCUUCAAAUGAUUCAAUGUCUUUUUAAAAUUGUUAAACACUAUGUAUUAGUUGUAAAUACCUUAGAUUUUAAAAUGUUCCCAAACCUUAUAGAUUUGAGUUGUUGGAAGCCUAGGCUAAACAAGUUAGUGACCGAGUUGUGGUAUUUAACUGAAGAUAUAGUUAAUUUGCAGUAUAAUGUAAAUGCCUAAUUCCACGACGUGCGAAAUGCGAAAAAGUUCGCGCGAAAAGGUUGAAUGCAUGCGCAACAUGAUUUUGGAAUGUUUCUCUGCGAAAUAUUUCUCUUUGCUGGGUAGUUGAAUUCGUUUCUACUCCGUUACGAAAUGGAAAUAGCGAAGCCAAUCGCUUCACAAAUGCUUGUGUCUUGGCGAAUUUUUUUAUUUUUUUCUCUACUUAAAUCACUACGAGAGAAAAUUUUCGCACAAGUGUGUUUUCGCGCGUAAUUUUUUGCAUUUCGCUCGUCGUGGAAUUAGGCCUUAACGGUCUUAACGCUGUUUAGUAUAAUUACGUAGGUGAUUAUUGAAAAUUCUCCACGCUGAUUGGUUGCCGUUGAGGUGAUUAUUACGCGAUAAUCACCUAAGCGAUUUUCAAAAUGGCGGUCGAAGCCGUUUUGUCAAUUAAAUGACGAAGAAAUGUGCAUUUUAAAAUUUGUUUCCAAAUAAUCACCUAUGAAAUUAUACUAAAACAAUUAUUCACCUCAGGCUCGGUGAUUAUCGUGAAUAAAAACCUCGACUUCGUCUCGGUUUUUAUUCACCGAUAAUCACCUUGCCUUCGGCGAAUAAUUGUUAAAUAUCCAAAAAUCUGUUUCAGAAAACGCACGAAAUGCAGUCCUAGGGAUGGAAAAUUACGAAAAUGUUCUGGGGGAGAUCCAGACCUCAUACUAUUACAUGCGGCACCACAUCAGACCUUUUGUCACCAGAAUCCAUCUGUCAUCUCUCCAUAUACUGAGUAUAGUGGAAAAUACUAUUUCGUUGACCUCAGAAUGACAUUUCGUCAAAACUUUUUUCUUCAAGAUUGGUUUAGAAACAAACUUGGAGUAGGGAUAGGGUUAGGAUAAGGAUUUGGGUUAGAGUUGGUGUUUGGAAUAGGGUUAGUGUUUGUAAAACCGUUGCAUUGUUACGUUCUGUCACUUUGAGGCCAGCGAAAUAACCUCUUCCGAGUAUAGUAUGGUCCCUUUUUGUAGACGCCCCCUCCCCCCAGUGACGAAUUCUUAAAUAGGGCCCUGCAUUUUGGAUUUAACUACGAAAUCAGUAGUUAAAAAGUAGUUAAGAGUUUAAUACAACCGGUUCCAGAUGGUUUACAUAGGUUUAAUUUAUCAUUAAAGGUGAACGACGCGGUGUUGGUGGUAUAUUUUUUGAUGACGUCGACCAACCAAAUCAAGAAGAAGCAUUUCAAUUUGUGAAAAGUUGCGCUCAGGCGGUCAUUCCAUCCUACAUUCCUAUCGUUGAAAAACAUAUGAAAGAUAGCUACACAGCUGAACAAAGACGUUGGCAACAGCUCAGGAGAGGACGGUGAGUUCAAGCAUGAUAAAAAUAAUAAAUUUAUCUAUUGUUGAUACAUUAGGGGCGCACCCCCUCCCCCAUAGAUAAUGUUCAGCACCACCCUAAAAAAUGUGUUGACCGUACAUUUUCUGCUUUUCGAAUAACUAGUAGCGGAUCUUCUACUGUUGGUGGCCGGACAUUUUGCCGAAAGACACUUUGCCGAAAGACAUUUUGCCCAAAGACAUUUUGCCGACGGACGUUUUGCCGAACGGACGUUUUGCCGAACGGACAUUUUGCCGAAUGUACAUUUUGCCGAACGGACAGUUUGACGAACGGACAUUUUGCCGAAAAUAGAGAUAUCUUCUGAACUUUAAAGGUUCUCUUACACGGUCAAAGUUUCUGUGAUUAAAGUCAUUAAUUGUUGAUUUUGAUGACAGAAACUUUGAUAGUGAAGUAUAGUUUCGUUUUAUAUUCUUUCAAGUCUUUGACAAGUUUACGGAAUAUUCGCGAUAUAAAGAAUAACAUCAUUCAACAUCAUUCAUGAAUGUGAUUUCCCCGAGAACUGUGAAUGUAUUCCAUGAUUCUCGAAGUGAAAUUCGCUUACGUCGUCUUUAUAUACGCUUCUUUGUUUAUGAUCUGACGUCAAAACACGUUCCUAACAAAUGAGUCAUCCGCUGGACAAACAAGCUACCAAUAGUCAAUAUGGUUAUGCAUUGCUAACAACCAUUAUGCACCGCUAAUGACCAUUACAGUAUGCACUGCUAAUGACCAUAUAAUGUUUAUUUUACACAAUGGUUGAGAAUUACACAGUUGAGAAAUGAGUCACAGUCCCAAACAUUUUGAUGAAAUAACAUCUUUAUUUUCGGCAAGUUGUCCUUUCGGCAAACUGUCUGUUCGGCAAAGUGUCUUUCGGCAAAAUGUGCGGGUACCUCUACUGUUAGCGCGUGUCGAUCUCGUGAAACGAGUUAAUUGAUAAUACUCAGAACGCUUUAGCUAAAUAUCAUGUAGGUUAAAUAUAUAAACAUGUCGAGGUUGUUAAACAGCUAUAUUUUCAAGUAUACUGUACUUUAUCAAGCGAGUUUACUUUACUGUACUGCAGGUUGUAACAAACCUGCAGCAGAUUUGUUGCAAUGCUGUUCCAACAACUUGUCAACCGGAUGUGUUCGCACUGCUUGUUCCCAGCUUGUUGAGAAUUGGUCAACGGCUUAUUGACAACUUACUACAAGGCUGUUGAGCUCAACAGACUUGUUACAAGUUGUUCCAACGACUUGUUAUCAUCAAGUUGUGAGUGACAACCUUGUAGCAACUUGAUGCAAUAACAGCAUUGUUAAAACUUGUUGACAGGCGUUCUACAAGCCUGUUGCAAACACAUCUUGUUGACAAGUUGCGAGAUUUUUACGUGUGUACACACGUAAAAACACACAAGUUGUUACAGGUUUGCAAACAAGUUGUUACAAAUCUGUUCACAAGUUUUCGACAAGUUGUGUUCGCACUGCUUGUUCCUAAGUUGUUGUAACAAGUUUGGAACAAGCUGUUAACAGUUUGUAGCAAGCUUCAUGACAUUAUCAGAUAUGGUACAAGGCUGUUCUAACACGUCUGAUACGGUCAUGACAUACCAAGAUUGUUACAAUAUUGUUAUAUCCUGACUGUAUCAGACUUGUUGGAACAACCUUGCAACAGGUCUGUUAAGCCAGUUUUCCAUUUCAACCGUAUCGUACCGAAACGUAGCGUAUUUCUUUGUUUCCUGAGCACUAGUGUGGAACUAAUGACUUCAACACAAAAGAAAAUGCUACGAUACGUUACGAUACGGUUGAAGUGGAAAACUGGCUUUAGUAUCAACAAGGUUGUUACACGUCGUUAAAGUGCCUAUGACACGAAAUUUCACCCCAAAGGUUUAUGGUUGCAUUGUAAAGAUCACUUAAAAUGACUUAAUAAUUUCUUUUAUAGAAUUUUGGUAACUUGGUCCAUUUUCAAGAUAUUCAACUUUGUUUCAUAUGCAAAUAUCACCGGUGUGACAUCACAUCACAUCACAUAACGAGUUUUCAGAAAAGUAUAGUUUUCGUGACGAAUACGUAUCUAAAAAACUGCCCUUGUAUAAGUAUUAAUUUCAUAACUGAUAAUUAACCCUCUGUAUUUGUUUGUAAAAAUAUUUUAUCAAAGUAAAAUAUUGCGUUUUCAAAAUUUCAUUAUGCGAUGUGAUGUCACACCGGUGAUAUUUGCAUAUGAAACAAAGUUGAAUAUCUUGCAAAGGAAGCAAGUUACCAAAAUUCUAUAAAAGAAAUUAUUAAGUCAUUUUAAGUGAUCUUUACAAUGCAAUCAUAAACAUUUGGGGUGAAAUUUCGUGUCAUAGGCACUUUAACAGCUUGCUCCAAACUUUGUUGACAACUUUGGACAAGCAGUGCGAACACAACUUGUUGACGGCUUGUUGGCAGACUUGCUACAAGAUGUGAGAUUUUUACGAAUAUAACCCAUCUUAUUUUCUCUGCUUCUAGGUACGUUGAAUUCAAUCUCGUCUAUGACCGAGGCACAAAGUUCGGUCUAUACACCCCUGGCGCAAGAAUUGAAAGUAUUCUAAUGUCACUACCGCUGACAGCACGUUGGGAAUACAUGCACAACCCGUCACCAGGUAGUCAAGAAGCUAAGCUGAUGGAUGUCCUUAAGAAUCCAAAGGACUGGGUAUAGCUGACGAAUAAUGGAGGAAUUAUGAUGACAAUGAGAUAAGUUUUGAAAUGGAUGAUUCAGCUAUCGACUAAUUUUUUAUCUAGAC